AUGCUUGGUCCAGAACGUGUCCGUGAUCUCGCCAUGUUCAAUCACCGGUCAGCCAUUCUCGGUUUCCAGACACGAUGUGACAUGGCGAUGGCGACGCGGGUUUUCUUCGACAUGAUGGAUGACCGGAACUCCACCAAGGUGAUUCUGUUCGGAGACGCCUGUUUCAAGGUCACCGGGCCCAUAUCGCAGAUCUCCAAGUGGUGGCACAUGUUCCAGUUGUCUUAUGGAGAUACGAACCCCCUUUUGUCAGAAAGAGAUAAAUAUCCAUACUUUUUCCGGACUGUGCCUAGCGAUAAUGACCACAACCCGGCGCGAGUGGCCCUUCUCAGGAACUUCAAUUGGACUCGCGUGGGGACACUUUUUCAACUGGCGUCGACGGGGUCUUCUCGUUUUAAUUAUGCACACAACCGUCUCAUUACACUACUUGAGAAAAGCAACGUAGACUUGGUUAAAGUAGAGAGUUUUGCCGAUGAACCAGAUGCAGCUUUGGACAAUUUAAAGAUAAACGAUGUGAGAAUAAUAUUUGGUAAUUUUAACGAGGAUCUGGCGCGGCGUGUGUUUUGCAGCGCUCACAAGAAGAAAAUGUUCGGCUCGCGGUACCAGUGGAUUAUCCUGGGCGGCUACACUAAAGACUGGUGGCGGAAACAGGACCCCCACGUCACCUGCACUGUAUCGGAGAUGAACCACACCAUCCAUGGUUACCUAGCAACGGACGCUCUUCCCAUCAGCAGCAGCACUUCCGUCACCGAAUCUGGAUUGACGCCGCAGUCCUACAAGAAGCUGUAUGACGAGUGGCGGGGCGAGGAGUACAGCAAGUAUCACGGCUACGCCUACGACGGCGUGUGGGUGGUGGCCAAGGCCAUACACAGCCUGCUGGACCGUCAGUCGCUCUUCACCGAGAACACCUUCCGCAGCGGCGUCAUGGGCAAGGUUCUUAACGACACCAGCUUCAUCGGCGUCACGGGCAGGGUUCAAUUCAACAAUGGGGAUCGCUUGGGCGAGAUUCAAAUCACUCAGAUGCAAGGUGGAACUAUGCAAAAAGUGGCUGAAUAUCACGGCCACGUUGAUAAACUUUUCUUUUCUACUCGCAGACCUAUAUUAUGGAGAGGUAAUGGACCUCCGGCCGACAAGAACAUCGAGUACGAAGAGAUGCGUCGCGUGUCCGUCCCGGUGUACAGCGCGCUGUGUGUCCUGGCCGCAGUCGGAAUAGUUAUGUCUAUGGGGUUCCUCUCCGUCAACAUCAUAUACAGAAGUCACAGGUUUAUAAAGAUGUCUUCACCCAACAUGAACAACUUAAUAAUCGCAGGAUCAUUUCUGUGUUACCUAAGUAUCUUCCUUCUAGGGAUUGAUGGAGGAGUUGUCUCCCCAACCGUGUUCCUUCAUCUUUGCAGAUUACGAGCUUGGACGUUAACGCUGGGAUUUACAUUAGCAUUCGGUGCUAUGUUCAGUAAAACGUGGAGAGUUCACGCAAUAUUCACCAAUAUUAAACUCAAUAAGAAGGUUAUCAAGGACUACAAGCUGUUCCUCAUCGUGUGUGUGCUGGUAUUGAUAGACGCCGGUAUUCUCGUGGCUUGGCAGGUCUUCGAUCCACUCGUUAGAGCAACGAAACCGCUAGCUGCAGAGGUGUUUGCAGACUACGAGAUUAUUCCAGUUAUAGAAUACUGUACGAGCAACGGUAUCGAGAUAUGGCUGGGCUCUAUAUAUGCAUACAAAGGUUUAUUAUUAGUAUUCGGGUGUUUCUUGGCGUGGGAGACGCGUCACGUGAGCAUCCCAGCGCUGAACGACUCCAAGUACAUCGGCAUGAGCGUGUACAACGUCGUCAUCAUGUGUGUGUGUGGCGGAGCCGUCUCCUUCAUCAUCAAGGACCAGCCCAACUCUUCCUUCAUCAUCAUCUGUCUCUUCAUCAUCUUUUGCACUACAAUCACUCUGUGCCUUGUUUUUAUGCCAAAGUCUGACCUUAGCAUAAGAUUGAUUUACAACCACUCAAACAACAAGCUGGCGUUAUGUAACAGGCAUGUCAUUGUUCCAGCACCGCAUGACGUCCGUGAACACGCGCUCAUCUUCAGCCACAGUGGGUUUUUCCUUAUUCUCCACUGA